UGACUAUCUUCAGAUGGCAUAUUUUACUUAUCAUUGCAAAAUAUUUUCAAGGGGUUGAAGGUCCAUAACCAUAAAUUAGUUAUUGAACAAGGAAGUUAAAACAUUUUAUGUUAAAGCAUAUAAAUACAAUACAAGCUCAAUUCUAAACCAAUGGAAACAUAUACUAGCAUAGAUAAAAAAUUUAGAAAAUGGAUUAAGGAAUAUACAACCUUCUGGAUUGUUAUGAUUUUGAUGUGCUCCACUGCAGCAUCGGGUCAAGGUGAUAUAGUCCUGAUAGAAGGUCCACAAGACAAGGCCGUGUUGUCUGGGAAGAAUGCUGAAUUGACUUGUCAUAUUAACCCUAUUGCAUCUGGGGCUGAUCAUGUUGUGCAGUGGAUAGGGGGUAGUGCAAGAACAGGAAUUGGUAGACCGUUAUCAGUUAAUGAUAGGAUUACUUUUACUGACAUACCUGGCAAGUUCUAUAUAAGUACAGAUAAACCAUACAAUCUGGGUUUACAGAGCACCGACUUAGAUGAUGCUGGAAAGUACGCUUGUAAUAAUGUACUACAGGGACAACCUAUAGGUGACGUAGAGCCUUACUUGGUUGUACUUGAUCCUGCAUCAUGCCCUAUGUCAGGGACUACUACAUUUAUUCAGAAUGAUACCAUCACAUUUGAGUGGUCUGUCACAUAUGCAGGAGAGAGAGAUGAUAGCCAGAAACCCACCAUUACUUGGACACUUAAUGGUAUUGAGCAAACUGCAACACCUGAUGAGACUACACCGGGGGUCUUCAAGUCAACGUUUACUAAAACAGCAUCUAGUGUUGAUAACCUGAAGGAACUCAAUUGCUCCUUUACUGUACUGAAUAUCCAACAACAUUGUUCCACUAGGCUCAAUAUACAAUAUCCAGCACGAAAGCCAACACUCUUUGUCGAUGGCAACAAUAUUCCAGACCAAGCUAUAAUACAACGCACAGUAGGGAGAAAUGUACAACUAAAAGGAGAGUCAUUAGCAAACCCUACUCCAACGUUCAUAUGGCAGUUUAGAGCAACAGGUGAUCCUAGCUUUGGAACUGAGGAAUUUGGAGACACAAAACAAAUCAACAACAUCCAAUUCAACCAGGCAGGGAUAUACAGAUGCUGUGCUAGCAAUAACUUGAACGGUUAUAGGGAAUGCAGUGAAUUGACAAUCGAAGUUGUUG